AUGACUACUGUUGAAUCACCAACUUCUGGAAAGAGAUCAUUUUCUGCAACGAUAAUAGAUUUUUUUAAGAGACCAUCCAGCCGUAACCAAAAUUUAUCGGGGGAUAAUAAAGGUGAUCAAUAUUCUUCUUUGAAGUUUGACAGUGUAGUAGGUGAGGAAUAUGAAAAUGGGAAAACUAUUCAGUCAAAUAACAGAAAUGAUAAUACUGGGAUUAAUGAGAGAAAAAAUUUGAAUCACAUCCGUAAAGCACGUCUUUUGGGCUCUAGUUCUCAAAAUGAUAAUGGUUAUGCGUCGAAUUCAAAAUGGGACAACUCUGUUUUUUUAUAUGAAGCUGAUUCAACUGAUGGUUCAGUCGUUUCUCGUCCUCCUGUUUUACCAAUUUUACCAAUUCAAAGGUUAAAACUACUAAGACAAAAACAAUAUUGGAGACAAAGAUUAAAUAAUUACAAUGGAAUGAAUCCAAGCUUACGUAGAUCUUCACACGGAUUACAAGUGAAUUUGAAGACUCCUAUCUUAUCACAAACUCCGACAAAAGAGAAUGAAAAAAGUGCUGUAGUGUUAAAUAAGAAUGCUUCUUCUAAAUUAUUAAAUAACUCUAAAACUUGGUCUGGUGAAUUCGAAUAUGAUCUAAAUGAUUUCAAAAAUGAACCUAUAACAUCGAAACAAAUAUCAACAGCUACUACUUCAAAAGCAAUACCAGAUUUGUCUUCAACAACUCCAUUAAAGAUGAAGACUAAUAUUUCAAAAGAAUCAGACAGUUCCUUAGAUUUAAAUACAGCACAAAAAUCUUUAUUACUAAACGGAUUGAAACCACCAAAAUCAUCUGUUAACAAUAUCUCUUUUGAAGUUAAAAAAUCUGGUUCAGUCUUAAAGAACAAUAAACCAGAGCUAAACGUUUUGCCUACAAUGGGUUUUGAUUUUAUUAAGGAUACAGAAACUCCUUCCAAAAAUACAGUAAAGGCUUCGGUGAAACCUGUAAACAUGUCAGAGCCUGCUUUGCCCUUGCAUAAGCAUCGUGAAGAUCCAGAUGAAAUAGAGGAUGAAGGUCUAAGGAGGAAGAAGCGUUCACAUCUAAGUGCUGAUGCAACAAAACCCUCAUUCAGUUUCUCAAAACCAGAAUCUACAUCAGUAAUACCAGGAUUUGGACAAGAAAUGAAAGCUGAAUCUACAGCUAUUAAGCCUUCCUUCUCGUUUGGUAAAAUUGCCCAAGACUCAGACAAACCUCAACCAUCUUUAAAGAUGGGAAUAAAUAUCACCCCAAUAACAGAAAAGGAAACAACUCCUACUCCAUCCUUUUCAUUUAAAAAUCCAGAACCUGCUACUGAGGAAGAUAAAAAAUUACCAAUAUCUUUUGGUUUGUCUUCAGACGAUAAGAAAGAAGCUCCAAAGUCAACGCUCAACUUUGGAGGUAUUUCCAAUGAAAACAAAGAGGUUCCUGUAGAGUCAUCAUUUAAUAUCAGCACAAAACCAAAUGAAACAAAGGGUAACGGUGAAGCUAGCACUACUCCAUCUUUCUUAUUCAAUUCAAAUCAAGCUCAAGAUCAGCAAGAAAAAACGACUAAACCUGUUUUAAGUUUUGGUACAAACGUAGUUGCAAAAGAAACUGAAUCAACAAAAGCUACAUUUAAAUUUGGUAUUGCUGCAGUUGAAAAGAAGGAAGAACCAGCUAAACCAUCAAUAUCAUUUGGCUUAGGUGCUUCCAAUAGUAAGGAAGCAACAACAAAGCCGUUAGUAUCAUUUGGCCUCAAUGCUGCCAAGGAUAAGGAAGAUACCCAAAAGCCGUCCUUUUCAUUCAAUGCUUCUCAAGAUUCAAAAGAAACAACACCCACAACAUCUUCUUUUAUGUUUGGUAAAAAACCAGAGGCUGAAAAUACCGAUGAUGUUCCAGCAACAAUUGGAAAGAGCACAAUAGAAGCUCCACAAGCUUCUGCACCUUCCUUUAAUUUUGUUGGAGCCACGUCUAAAACAUCUGAAUCCACUACCAGCGGGGAAGGUACCAAGCCAUUUCAAUUUGGAUCAGGUAGUAAUAUCAUUACUGAAUCAAAAGAACUGGGCAUUUCCUUUGAAAACAAGGAAACAGGUUCAAAGACUACAGAUUUCGCAUUCAAUAAAGCACCUUCUACCAAUGCUCAAUCUAUUGUUCCGGGAGGUCCAACAUCAGGAUUUUCAUUAGGUACUAACAAGGCUGUAACUAAUUUUAAUCCUCUAUCAUCAAAUAUUGCAUCUUCCACAACAAGUACCAACCCAUUACUAUCCAAUAAUUUAACAUCCAACCCAUUACUUUCAAACAACAAUGCUUCAUCCGGUUUUAAAUUUGAGAAGAAGCCAUUAGCUAAACCAUCAAUUGGGAAUGGAUUUGGAAAUAGUUUAAGUAAUCCUGUCACCAAUACUCCUUCAUCUUUUAACUUUGGAGGAGCAAAUAAUAUUCCACCAGUUAAUUCAGCAGGUGGUCCAUCUGCAUUUAACAAUACUUUCAAUCAAUUUAAUGGCACUAAUGCCAAUAAUAACAAUAGUAUGAUGUUCAAUGGUAACAAUGGAAUGAACACACCAAUGGGGAUGGCUAACCCGGUGGCAACAACUGGAACUACAGCUCCAAUGAAUGCUUUCAAUCCAUCAAGUCAAAUUAAUAUGAAAUUUGGUAAUACAGGUAACGUAAAUCCUGUAAAUAUAUUUUCAGGUCAUAAUCAAGCACAAAUACCAGUACCAACUCAAUCACCAUUGCAAGUAUUUGGUGGCCCUGGUGCUGGUAUGAACGGCAAUGACAUGCCAUCAUCAAAUAACCAGCAAGCAAUGAUGGGUAACAUGCAAAAUCUACCAGUGGGUAGGAAGCUUGCAAGAAUGAGACAACACAGAAGAUAA